CGGAGCAUGGAUGAUUUCUGCACGGCGUUUGUAUUUCGUUGCCGUAGGGUAGCAUGCAGAGCUGGAAGUUGAGCAUAAGCCGAGGCUGCUGUCUGAAAACUGACCUCGGGUAAACCCUCAGAGGCUCGGCCGACUUUAGAGAUAUUCUGCAGAGGUUUUUUUUUUUUUUUUUUGCGCAGCACGGAAACUCCGGCGCAACCUAAAGGGGGAUGAUCUCCUAAUCGACUGAUAAGACAGGCCACUAAGUGAGAUUACGACUAUUGUCGGACACGUAGGCGCCCCUUUGUAGCGGUGCAAGAUGAUGUCACUGAUAGAUCUGGACGAUGAUCAGAGAUGGGUGCCCACUCAUGUGAAUGUCACCGUCCUCCGCGCAAGGGGACUGCGAACCAAGGGCAAGCAUGGGAGCCGCUACCUCUACACGAUCAUCCAGGUGGGGAAGGAGAAGUACACCACCGGCCUCGUGGAGAAGGCGGAGGUGCCAGUGUGGAACGAGGAGUGCUGCUUCGAGCUGCUCCCCGGGAUCCUAGAGGACGGCGGCCGGAGCGCCUACCCCCCGGGGAGCGGGGACCUGGUCCUCACGGUCAUGCACCGGGUGCUUAUCGGACUGGAUGUGUUUCUCGGUCAAACCAUUAUACCUCUUGAUAAGAUAUUUCAGGAUGGAGUGUGUCCAAGAGAUGAAUGGUUCAAGCUCAACUCUAAGGCAGGAAGAAAGGAGAAGGAACGUGGAGAACUCCAGAUAACAGUCCAGUUCACCCGCAACAACAUGACAGCCAGUAUGUUUGACCUCACCAUGAAGGACAAACCUCGCUCUGCAUUUGGCAAGCUCAAGGAUCGUGUCACAGGGAGGAAGAGGGGUGACGUGGAGUCCUCAUCGGCCAUCGUGCCAGGCCGUUACGCUGCCCUUUCAGGAUCUCUGGGGCAGCCUUUUGGAGAGGAGAGUAUCGGGGUGGUGGAGUCACAUGAUGUGGAGGUAGCAGAGGAGAAGAGGAGCAAGAUGAAGGAUUUCUUCAAAGGCAAGCUGCGGAAGUCAUCUGACACCAGAUCGUGUUCAUCUCUGGCUUCAGAGAGUAGUUUGUCUUCCAUGGCCAGUGAUAACCUCGGCCCUCCACCCAGUUUGGAUCUGCUGUCAGACCCUCCUAGUUCCCCCAUCUACACUAGCAAAGUGAGAGUUGACUCCCACUAUGGGGAGACAGAUUUAGCAAAAAAAGUGCUCACCAGUCAGCAUACCACAAAGGUUCUCACUCACAAGCGCGCCUUCAGCGAUGAAGCUAGUAAGAUCACAACAGCCUUCCCUCGAACCAAUCCUGCAGUCGAGUCACUCAAGGGACAGACCAUGACUCAGUCCCAGUCAUCCUUGUGUAUAAACGGAAGCCACGUGUAUGACUCUGAGCCGUCGACUCCAAAGAGCUCUGGAGCGCUCUCGUCCAAACUGGUUCUGCUGGAGAAAUGUUCCCCACUCUCUCGCUCACUGCAGAAUCUCACCAAAAGAAGCGAGGACAAAGCUUCCUUUGCAGAGGGCCGACGCUGGUCCUUUGACAAACUGAAGAAAGAGGAAAAGGAGGAGGAAAAAGAUGUUCAGGCAUCAUCUGCUUCUAUUCAGGAAGCUCAGAUAGCGGGUUGCCCUGUGCAGGCACCUGUGCCAGUGGUCUCCUCAGCCGCUGAAUCAGCGGACAAGGGAAGGAAGCUAAGAAAGACGUUAUUCUCUGGAGGGAGGAGUGAUUCUCUCCCAUCUAAGUCAGACCUCAGCCAUGCUGGUUCCACAUCUGAGGGGAGGCUCAGAGGCUGGUUUGGCUCUAGUGACUCCCAGAACAAACCAAGGCUGGAAGUUUCUCCUAAGGUAGAAAGCAGCUCAGACGUACCCCCUCCCCUCCCUCCUCGUUCCCCUGUUCCUCCUCAGUGCUCCUCUCCCUCUUCCUCUCCCUCUGGUCAUGCCUCACCUGAUGACUGCAGUCACAUCAAUCUGUUCACCCCUUCAACCUCCCCUUCCUCAACCCCCAUCUCCCCUUCCAACCCUUUCCUCCCACAUAUGCAGCGCAAUCCCUUUUUUGAGGAGCUCAUAGCAGAAGAGUUGCAGAAGUCACCUACUUUUGAACUUUGCUCCUCUGCUGGCUCGUCCCCCUUUCAUUACACCACUCUGCCUGCCCAGCCUUGUGCUACAAAUGUGACUUCCAUAAAGCGGGAGCGCCCCAGGCCAGUAGCUAGGCAGAUAUCACUUCCUGUAUUAUUACCCAAAGUGGCCACACCAAAUUCCCCUAAUCACUCUGCUCCUUGCUCCAGGUCAGAGAGUGCAGGAGAAUGGGAUGAUUCGUUUGAUGCCUUUGCCUCUAGCAGGCUCAAUUCACCUAAAGUUAGUCUUCCCCCAAAACAGUUGACAACCAGCCCGGCUUCAUCUCGUAAACGUAGUUAUCACCUGGCUAAUAACUAUGCACAAGAACUGCAAACAUGUAAUGAGAAGCCUCCACCUUUGCCUCCAAGGAGGCUUUUAAGGACGCCAGUGAAUGAGAUUUAUUCUGACGGCUGGCUGCAUAGAGGUCAGGAGCUAGCUGUUCAUAAAGAAGCCUACCUCCUCUCUCAGACCGGUGUGGCCUCACUUCAGCGUGGAAGAGAAGGGGAAUGUAAAAGAAACAACAUAUCUCCUGACCCACACACGAGCAGCGAGACCACCGAGUCUCUCGGUGUGAACUCCCAGUCCUACACAAAUGUUACUUCUCCGGGGUUCACGCCAGAAGACAAACUCAAAAAGUUUAAGUAUGAACCUCUGGAAGAUGAGACCGAUUGCUGGGGAGGGAUGUUGUUUGAGCAAGACUUGUAUGGCCGCGUGUGUAGAAGAAAUUACGGACAAUGCAAAGUAAACAGUCAUCGUUUAUCACUUAACGCCGAGGAAACUGCUGGACUGAAGAUCACAUCUAAGAGCUCAGGGCCUAAAAUGCUUCUUGAUAGCGAGGUAUCUGUUACAGACCUUUUGAAAAUGUCACCUACUGCUUACUCCCAUACAGAUGUAAAAGUGCUAGAUAUUUCUCCCGCUCCAGGAGAGGAGACACUGGAGACUAAUCUACCUGAAACUACAUGCACCAACAAUAACAUCUCUUUCUCGCUAACUUUAGGAGACCUGAACAUGAAUGUGCAUAAUUCAGACUUUGGUUUUAUUGAUUCUGAUGGAUCUUCUCAGUCAGAGGUCGCUGAUACUCUCAAAAGCAUCGACGGCUUGAGUGGGAUUUUACAGCAGUCGCCUGAAAAUUCGCAGGUGGCCGUCUACCAUUUGGAAACAACACCUGAAGAAAUUUUUACUUUGAAGGACACUUACAUCCCUGAGAUGAACUCUUCAUUUGAAAUAUCUUCCAAUAAGCUGUGCAAAGUAGCUCCAGUCUGCCAAGACAAUUGCUGUGAUUAUCGAAGUGAACUGAACAGUGUAACACCGCUUGGUCACUGCAGGGUAAACAGCCGAGAGAUUGCUGCUUUGAUGUCACGAAAUCAGACGUGUAAUUCACCAGCUGUUGAAUGCAGAGAAGAAAAAAGAAAUGAUGAUGAUGAUUUUAACAAGACACAAAAGGACUUUGAUGAAAAUUGCAAUAAUCAAGCCGAGUUAGGCAAACCUAACCAGACGGAGUCAUUUUCAGGGGUAGUUAGUGCACGUUUUAGACCGAAGGGAGUGUCCCGACAGAGCAGCGGUGACAGCCCAAACAGCCAAAGCAAAAGUGGAGACAGAGAGUUUGAGCAGUUUUUACGCCUCGUGCAAAACAUUUCAGAAGUCAGUGAAGGGCCAUCAUCAUAUCAGCCUUCUAAAUCGGUUCUCUCUUCCUCAUUGGCUUUAGAUAAACAGGCAGGUUUGCUCGACUGUAGCACCAGUAAUGGCCAAACGUGUCACAGAGAGUCUAACACAACAUCAGAUAUAUUUUUAAAGGAAAACACAGCAGUGUGUGUUACAGAAAACUGCGUGAUGCAAAAACCAUCUGAGAUCAGUUUUGAAGACCUCCACGCAAAAGUAGCACCAAACUCGAGAACCCCUUCCGAGGCAAAGAUUGGGCAAUCUUUGCAAGAAUCUUCUUUUUCUCCCUCCAUCUUUUCUGCACUCUCCCUGUCAGCUGAUACCCCUCUCUGCUGUCCGUCCAUACAUUCCUCAAGCACGGGGCCAAGUGCUGGAGUCAGCACCACGCUGGCUGUGGCCCCCUACACCUCCUCCUACUCUACCACCUCCACCACCGACCAGCCCCUGGUCGCUGCACGGCACUCACUUUUGCCUGAGGAGACACAGCCAGCUAGCAACCUGCCCCAUCAGGAGAGCAGAUCUCAUCCAGUGAAGCCAAUAACCUCUAGCCAAUCAGAGAAGAAGGAAGGUCGUUCAGUUCUGGAAAAGCUCAAGUCUACCAUCAACCCCGGACGCACCGCCCAUCAAGUGACAGCUGAACCUGAGAAGAGUGAGGAGGUGACAGUGGACAGGUCGGGCCAGUACCAGCACCUGACUAACAUGGAGCUGAUCUCCCUGCUGCUGCAGCAGGAGAUGGACAUGCAGAAGCAGCAAGCGGCCUCUGAGCAGCAAGAGGCGCAGCUGGAGAAAUGUGAGGCCGAGCUGAAGAAAGUCAAGUCACAGGUUCGAGACCUGGAGGACUACAUUGAUAAUCUCUUACUGCGGAUCAUGGAGCAGACGCCCACGCUGCUUCAAGUGCGCUCUAGGCACAAGUGAGGACAGUGCUAGUGCGUGAUUGGUGUAUUUCAGAUGAAGUAUGAGCCUGUAGAAUAUUAUUUAUGGAUUGGAUUCAUUGUUCUGGAACCAAAUCUGAUCUCACAAACAUCCAGGUCUUUUCACUGCUAAUACUGCCUUGUUGAUGUAGACACGAUAUUACCCAACAUGCAUGCUGGUUACUAUCACAAUUUGGCAUAAACAGAAAACAGACAAAAUAGAAAAAAAAAAAAAAAAAAGCUUUUAUCAAAGCAGAUGCAAAUAAUUAUUUUACUCUUGCUUCCUAGAAUACAUUACUGUAGUCAGCUGUUGUCAAUUUAACCUUAAAGUCACUGCUUUCACGUGUGCUUAAAAUAAAAAAUAGGAUGCAGAGAACAAUUCUGGGAGUGUUUUUAAUACGCCCUUCAAGGUCAAAUAUGGUGUUAGCUCAAGUAACCCUUUAAAAAAUGUAGGUCAAAAUUAGAUUUUGAUACAAGAAUGUUUUAUCAUGCUGAAGCCACGAAGGUCAAGUUGAGCUAAUGGCAUAUUUUUAGGUAGUAUUUGAGAAUAAAGGUUAGAGCAAAACAUAAACUGCUGCUUUGCAAAGUGAAUGGCAAAAAAACGGAUGUUUCUGCAACAUUGCUGUAUGCUGAUCAAAAGAGCAACGUUCAUGUUUGUGCCAGAAAAGACUGAAGAGGAUAAAGACUUACAGUUUGCAUUUACUUUUGUUUUGGAGUUUGCAAUAAAAAUUUCUUCAGUGCACUCCCACUCCCCUGUAAUUUCACAGGUUAAAACAAUCCGAAUGUUUUAAUAUAUUCUUAAGCUUUUGUUGUCCAAUUUUGUUAAAAUGGUAACAUUUUACUGUAGGAAUGACAAAGUACAAAUGCAGUAAAUAAGUAUUAUAAGUUAUUUCUAUUAAAUAACGUUUGUCAUAAUAAUAUAUUAUCUAAUGCCACUCUAGCAUCACUGUAGCUACUUGCAAUGCUUUACAUGACCGCAGUACUGUAAUAUAAUAAA